AUGGAAAUAUUUUUCAUUCUGAUUCUCAGUUUGUGUGGUCAAUACUAUAAAGUUGAUGGAGGAAUAAUACAUCAACCAAAUAAACAACAGUUUCAUAGAUUACAUAACUACCAAAGCAUCCAGCGUUCACUAGAUGAUGAUUUUGAUUGUGUUGAAAUUUAUAAGCAACCUACUUUGCAACAUCCUUUACUCAAAAAUCACAAAAUUCAGCUUUUUCCAACUUUUAUGAGGACUACCAUGCAUAAUAGAUCAUCUUACCUCGGCAAUGGAUGUCGUCCGGGAAAAGUGCCCAUUUUCAAGACCAGAAUGAGACAGAAGAUGAUUACUAAGUCAUCUUCGAAAUCACAACUUGAUGAUUUUAAUCAAUAUUCUCAAAGUUAUCCUGGACAUCAUGUAAGUUGGUUCAACUAA